AUGGCACUCACCGGGUCCAAGUUACAUCAGCCUGUCUCCAAACCCUCACCCCGUGUCCAUGUGUCUGCUCCAGUCCAUGAGUCCGCUCCAAUCCAUCAGUCUGCUCCAGUCCAUGAGCCUUCUCCAGAGCUUACUCCAGUCCAUGAGCCUUCUCCAGAGCCUACUCCAGUCCAUGAGUCCACUCCAGAGUCUGCUCCAGGCCAUGAAACUACUCCAUUCCAUGAGUCCGCUCCAGUACAUGAGUCUGCUUUAGUCCAUGAGUCUGCUCCAGAGCCUACUCUCUUCCAUGAGUCUGCUCCAAUCCAUGAGUCUGCUCCAGUCCAUGAGUCUGCUCCAAUCCAUGAGUCUGCUCCAGUCCAUGAGUCUGCUCCAAUCCAUGAGUCUGCUCCAGUCCAUGAGUCUGCUCCAAUCCAUGAGUCUGCUCCGGUCCAUGAGUCUGCUCCAAUCCAUGAGUCUGCUCCGGUCCAUGAGGCUGCUCCAAUCCAUGAGUCUGCUCCAGUCCAUGAGUCUGCUCCAAUCCAUGAGUCUGCUCCAAUCCAUGAGUCUGUUCCAGUCCAUGAGUCUGCUCCAAUCCAUGAGUCUGCUCCAAUCCAUGAGUCUGCUCCAGUCCAUGAGUCUGCUCCAGUCCAUGAGUCUGCUCCAAUCCAUGAGUCUGCUCCAGUCCAUGAGUCUGCUCCAAUCCAUGAGUCUGCUCCAGUCCAUGAGUCUGCUCCAAUCCAUGAGUCUGCUCCAGUCCAUGAGUCUGCUCCAAUCCAUGAGUCUGUUCCAGUCCAUGAGUCUGCUCCAAUCCAUGAGUCUGCUCCAAUCCAUGAGUCUGCUCCAGUCCAUGAGUCUGCUCCAAUCCAUGAGUCUGUUCCAGUCCAUGAGUCUGCUCCAAUCCAUGAGUCUGCUCCAAUCCAUGAGUCUGCUCCAGUCCAUGAGUCUGCUCCAAUCCAUGAGUCUGCUCCAGUCCAUGAGUCUGCUCCAAUCCAUGAGUCUGCUCCAGUCCAUGAGUCUACUCCAAUCCAUGAGUCUGCUCCAGUCCAUGAGUCUACUCCAAUCCAUGAGUCUUAA